AUGGACCCAUGCCGCGAGGACGCCGAUGGAGUGCGACCGUGGCGCGACAGCAGGGUAAAUAUGAUUUACGGCACCGGGAAGCAGAGCAAGCGUACGGCGGACAGCUUAGAGCCACAGGAGACCGGAGCUGGGACACCACCAGAGACAGUGCGGAGGACGCUGGAACGGGAGCCACGAGGAGCAGAAAGACGACCGGAACCAGCGUCAAGUGACG